AUGACAAAGGUAUAUAAUACAGAAUUUAAAGAAGCAUUAAGAGAAAUCGCACAAAGAGUAGCGUACUUCAAUUCACCUCACGAAAAUGCAAUAGAUCGUGUUAGAAUCGUCGAGUGGAGUCGCCGACUCGCUGGAAUUCCAGACGAAAGUGACGAAGGAAUUAAAAAUCGUAACGACUAUGUACAAUUGCUGAAGAUAAUGACACGCGGUGGUCGUUUGCAUGGGAUUUUUCUCGACCCACCACCAGAUAACGACGAGAUACCAUCAUUGGCUGAAUCAAUGUGUAACUUUUUAUGUAGCAAAUGUAAAGAUCUACCAAAUGCUGGUCCAUUGGAACCAAUCAUAUCGAGAAAAACACCAGACGGUUGUGCUUAUAUCUCUUUACGAAAGAUUGAAAAUAAGGGGAUUUUGUGUUAUCUAGCGGUUAGUCCCGACGGAUUGACCAUGCCCAAGAAAGAACAAUAACCAUAUGUAAAUACGCUCCAAGAAAUUAAAGUCUUUACGAAGGAUUUUGUGAUAUUAAUCAUAAAAGACAAUAAAAAAAAUAAUGACUUUGCAACGUUACAUAGAUAUCGAAAAUGAAGUCAGGACGAUAUAGUGAGAUUGUAAUUCGAUAAAAAAAAAAAAGAAAUUAAAUCUCUAAUACCAUAUAAUCUCUAAUACUAUAUAA